GUUGCGGCCGUAAGACACGAACCUCAGAUUCACAUCUCUGUCGCACUAAAGGAUGAGCACAGACCCAUAGUGCACAGGCCCACUCCCUGAUCCAAGCCCUCAUUGCUGGGAACCAGCGUCGCCAUGGAGACAGUGGUGAUUGUGGCCAUCGGAGUGCUGGCCACCAUUUUCCUGGCAUCUUUCAUCGCUCUGGUGGUCGUCUGCCGUCACCGCUACUGCCAUCCACCUGACCUGCUGCACCAGUUUGAAACCAAGCCCACUGCUGACCUCAUAGGUGCCAUGGAGACCCAGAGCGAGCCCUCAGAGCUGGAGCUGGACGACGUGGUCAUCACCAACCCGCACAUCGAGGCCAUCCUGGAGAACGAGGACUGGAUUGAGGAUGCCUCUGGUUUGGUGUCACAUUGUAUCUCAAUCUUAAAGAUAUGCCACACACUGACUGAAAAGCUCGUGGCAAUGACAAUGGGCUCAGGGGCAAAGGUCAAAGCCCCGGCCAGCCUCAGUGACAUCAUCACUGCAGCCAAGCGCAUCAGUCCCAGGGUGGAUGACGUUGUGAGAUCCAUGUACCCACCCCUGGACCCAAUCCUUCUUGAUGCCAGAGCCACCGCCCUGCUGCUCUCCGUCAGCCACCUGGUGCUGGUGACCCGCAACGCUUGCCACAUGUCGGGCAGCCUGGACUGGAUCGACAUGUCCCUGCACGCGGCCGAGGACCACAUGGUGGCGCUGCGGGAGGCGGCGCUGGCGUCCGAACCUGACCGCAACCCGCCGGGAGCGGAGGCCAUCCAGAAGGAGCAGGCCAUCUAGGUCUGCUGCGAACAUCAGCAGGCUCCAAUGCCAGGGCAGCAAGCACACAUAUUCUAUACGUGCACAUACAAGCUAUAGCGCAUAUAGCUAUAGCUACGUAAUACUCUCACAGGUGCAUUUUUGCUUCUCAAACUUGACUGAUGCAAGAGCUAGAAUGAGAGUGCUGAUAUUGAGGUAGGAGUGUGCAGUGUCCAGCAGCAGCUCUCUAUCCCUCUUUUAUACCUUUACUUGUGAUAUUUUCAUGCCAUUGAAUGCAUAAGAAAGGACUGUUUUAUUUUUCCGCGUAAAAUAUGAAAUCCUGAAUUUCACGCCUCGUACUGCCCGAGCAGACGCGAGACACAAGGGUUCCCGAUUUCCUCAAAAGGGAGGAUUUCACAGCUCUGGGUUUUUAAACGGGAAUCGCUCACAACAAUGGUUUCCAGUCUCGGCCCUGCACUGUAAUCCGGGUGCUGAAAUUACUCGACUUUCACGGCUCUGAAGCAGCCGAUCCUGGGCUCGCGCUGAUGCUGUGUGAGAGGAAUGAAACGGCAGACCUGUGCAGCUACAGCAUUAGCUGUUCCCACAGUUCAGAACAUCAUGCCGCAAUCAUAAGAGUGAGAUGUCCAAAAAUAGCAGAAUAAAGCAUAAAAGGCCCUUAUGUAAAACAAUUUGAAUAAUAAUGAAAAAAGACACUCAAAUAGGCCAUUGUCAGAGGUCACUUUCAGAUAUGGCAUUCACUUCCUAUCUGUUUACUUUGAUCCUUAAUUAAGGAUUACUAUUUAAUCUUUUCACAGUGCGCAUUGCCUAAACAUGUACAGUAUAUAGGGAAUAUAAAAGACAUGCCACCAUUCAUUUAUAUUUAUGUUAUAACUCUCUAAGGCAAUGUAAGCAACACGAAAGGUGCCAUCCGUAUGUAAGGAUGAAGAUGAAGGUUGCUGUGUACUGUGUAAAGAAAAGGUUUGUCAGGGUCCAACAGUGUCCUGUGUUCCUGGAGGUAUUUUUAAUGCUGUGGGCUUCCCCAUGCUCUGUGGCCUAGAUGCAGCCCCUAAUCCGCUAAUAAUUGGAGACUAACAUCGUGUCAUGGAAUGUCGUCCAAAGUGGCUUAUUCCUCAGUAAUCCAUACCCUCCUCCGUACUGACAAAACUGCAACAAAAAAACCACACAUGAAGGGUCAGACCACAGUGUGACCAUGAUGUGGGCAGAAAGUGCCAGGAUUUAACUGUCCGUGGGAGAGGAAUGGGGAUAAAGUUGAGUAUCUGGGCAGGGAAUAACUUUCUGAGCAUAGGAUUAGUGAUUCUGUGCACAUUGAACAGUGCAUAGUACACCAAGCCUGUGAGCAACAUGCCUCUCAGAAAGUAUAGAACAAAGAUCUGAUAGGUCUUGCACAUUGUAACCACAUGGCACAUCUGUAAUGUAAACUUCUUGCGUAGUGAUAAAGUGCAUACAGUACAUUUUACA